AAGUCUAUUUAUUUUUGGUUGAUGAAGGGGGUUGGUAAGUCUGUUCAACGCCUGUCCUUAUUUUAUGACUAACGGUUGAAAAGUACACCAUGAAAUUUUUGCUGUACUAUAUGAUAAUACAGAUACGUAACACCUUGCUCAGCCACAACUACUUUUACCAGUGAUUAGUAACGAGCUUUUAAACACAACCCCCAUUCCCAUGGCGCACAAGUACAAGAACCCACUGUAUUGUUGUUGUGUUCAUUUCAGUUCGAUAUAUAUCUGGAAAUUGAAACCCAAUUAGAAGGGGUGCACUAGAGCAAACAUAUUUUGGCCAAAAAAAAAAAGAAAAAGAAAUUGUUAAGGAAAUUCCACCAUAACCAUGAUCAACCAGACCCAAGAGCCCAAAAUUCAACACCAUGUAGCGGUGCUAGCCUUCCCUUUUGGCACCCACGCUGCUCCUCUGCUUUCCAUAGUGAGGCGCCUAGCAGCUGCUGUGCCUCCCAAUAAUACCACUGUUUUCUCCUUCUUCAACACCUGCCACUCCAACAGCUCCAUCUUCUCCUCCGCAGCACCUAAUGACAACAUAAAGCCGUACAACGUCUCCGAUGGGGUGCCGGAAGGAUAUCAGUUCCAGGGAAAGCCCCAGGAGAAGAUAGAGUUAUUCGUCAAGGCGGCCCCGCAGAGCUUUCGGGAGGCUUUCGAUGUGGCAGUGAGGGAGACUGGGAAGGAGGUGACAUGUUUGCUCACCGACGCUUUUUUUUGGUUUGCGGCGGAUAUGGCUCAAGAGAUGAGAGUGCCUUGGCUUUCCUUUUGGACCGCCGGACCAACCUCUCUAUCUGCUCAUCUCUACACCGAUCUUAUUAGAAGCACCCUUACUCUUCCGGAUGCAAAUUAUGGUCCGCCAAGCAAUGCAAAACAGAAGCUGGAAUUCAUCCCGGGAUUAUCCAAAGUUGAGGUUCAGGAUUUGCCGGAGGGAAUUGUGUUUGGGAACUUGGAUUCCAUAUUCCCUAGCAUGCUUCAUCAAAUGGGACAGGUUCUACCUCGAGCAACCUUAGUUUUCAUAAACUCCUUUGAGGAACUAGAUACAACCAUAACACAAGAUUUGAAGUCCAAGCUGAAGAAAUUCCUCAACGUUGGACCCUUAAACCUGGCAUCACCGCCACCGCCAUCUGCGGAUGUCAACGGUUGCAUUCCAUGGCUGGAGAAGCAGAAAGCUUCGUCCGUGGCUUACAUAAGCUUUGGUUCAGUCAUGGUUCCUCCACCAGAGGAGCUCGUGGCGAUUGCGGAAGCGUUACAAGGAAGCGGAGUUCCAUUCAUAUGGUCCCUCAGAGAAAACUCAUGGACGCAUUUGCCAAAGGGGUUCGUGGAGGAGAGGGCAAAGAAGCUACAACAAGGAAUGGUGGUUUCAUGGGCUCCCCAGACGGAGAUUCUGUCUCACGGAGCUGUGGGAGUUUUCGUCACGCACUGUGGAUGGAACUCCUUGUUGGAAAGCAUUGAAGGUGGAGUCCCCAUGAUUUGUAGGCCAUCCUUCGGGGACCAAAGGCUGAAUGCAAGGAUGGUACAGGAUGGGUGGGAAAUCGGUGUGGGACUUGAAGAAGGUGGAGGAGAGGUCACGUUCACAAGAGAUGCGGUAUUGAAAAGUUUGGAUCUGGUUUUAAAUCAAGAAAGAGGGAAAAGGAUGAGGGAGAGGAUUAAGGCACUAAACCAACUUGCAAAACAGGCAGUUGGUCCCAAAGGAAGCUCUGCGGACAACUUCAAAACAUUGUUUGACGAUAUAACAAGCCCACCUGUGCAAACACACAGACAUGAUUGACAACAUUUCCCCAACUCCAAUUGACUCCUUUAGAAUAGUUUUUUUAAGCCCGAGUUCCUGGGAUUUUUAUUUUCUUUCUUGCAGAUUUCUUUUUCUCACUCUCCUGGCUGCAUGCUAAUAAAAAGCCUUCUGCCAAAAGAAACGAACUGUACCCCUAAUAAGCCAUUUUUGCUCAAACCAUACAACAAUCUGUCUUCACCCGUUCAUGGAAAAUUGCACAAUUUUUUCCCAAUUUGUACUA